AUGCCUCGAUUAUCCCAAGCUGCUACGAAUGCUGCUUCUGCGGAGAGUCAACAGGAUGUGGUUAUGGCUUCCGAAGGAGUUGAUAAUUAUGAAUUGCCCAAGACGUUAGUGACGCGGAUUGUCAAGUCAGCGAUACCUGAAAACGCCAAAGUUCAAAGAGAAGCAAUGCACGCGUUCUUGAAAGGCUCGACGGUGUUUAUCAACUACCUCGCUGCGACAGCACACGAACUGUCACGAGCACGAGGGCACAAAUCGGUCGGUGCCGCAGACGUGAUCAAGGCUAUCGAGACGAUCGAGUUUAAUACCGACGGAUUGGUCAAGUUUUUAGAAAUGGAUUUAGAAGCGUAUAGGCAAGGGACGAAAAAGCCUAAACCGGCUGCAAAGCCCAAGCCUAAACAAGGGGAUGCAACCACCACUGCUGGUGCAUCUGUCGCUGCCUCGGCGUCUGCCUCUACACCUGCCAGCGCGAGUGGUCGCAAGUUGAAAAUUGUCGUUGCGCCUAUACGGGAUGAUGACGAGACGGGUCCGAUGGAGGGUGAAGUGGUCGAGAUGAGGCAAGAGGAAGAAGAGGAGGAAGAGGUUGGCGAGGAUGUGGACGAGUUGGAGGAUGACGUGGAUGAGGAGCCGGACGAGACGGUUACAGAGGGUGUUAGUUUUGCUACUAGUGGAGUUGAGAGUUCGAUGAUGGACGAAUCGUUUAGGUCGACUACCUGA